CAGAAUUGUGGGAAUUUAUGUAAAAUUAAGAUGGCAGCCGCCUGUGCGAGAACUCUCGGUAAGGUCGGCUGGCACAUUUUGGAGUCUCCACCAUGUCGUGCUGGGAAUAUUGCCUCCCUGAUUCCAAGGGUCCCGCUACAUGGAUCGAGCAGGGCUUACAGAACAGGUGGUGCAGGAUUCCGUUCCAAACUGCUCUUCAGCACACCUCUGCGCGGUGGCAGGGUCCUGGGGUGUGCGUUCCUGUUUGGAGGGGGGCUUGGCUUGUAUCAAACAAUAAAGCUCUCCGUCCACCAUCACCUUGCUGAAGAAGAUGUCAAGCCUUCUGUUGGUGGCCUGAAGUUGACCUUGUAUCAGUACAAGACAUGCCCGUUCUGCAGUAAAGUGCGAGCUUUCCUAGACUACCAUGGACUUCCAUAUGAGAUUGUGGAGGUCAACCCCGUCAUGAGGAAGGAAAUCAAGUGGUCAACUUACAGAAAAGUGCCAAUUGUGAUGGUGAAUGAUGAUGUGCAACUGAAUGACUCCUCAUUAAUAAUCAGUGCCUUGAAGACACAGUUGAUGAGCAAGGAUAAAACCAUCUCAGAAAUUCUGCGCUGUUACCCAGAGAUGAAAGCCGUCAAUGAGAAGGGGAAAGAGGUGAUCGAGUUCAACAACAAGUACUGGGUGAUGGUGAAUGAAGCUGAAGGUCAGACGAUGUACCCCGAGAAAGAUUCCAGAAAGGAGGAGAUCAAAUGGCGUAAGUGGGCAGAUGAUUGGCUGGUGCACCUGAUCUCGCCCAAUGUUUACCGGACCACUGGAGAGGCCCUGGCCUCCUUUGACUAUAUCGUCCGUGAGGGCAAGUUUGGCACUUAUGAGGGAUUCUUUGCAAAGUAUGUUGGAGCAGCUGCCAUGUUUGUCAUCUCAAAAAGACUGAAAAGUAGACACAACCUGCAGGAUGACGUGAGACAGGAUCUGUACAAGGCAGUCAAUGAGUGGGUGGUGGCCAUUGGCAAGAAGAGGAAGUUCAUGGGUGGAGACCAGCCCAAUCUGGCUGACCUGGCAGUGUAUGGGAUCCUGAGAGUGAUGGAGGGUCUUGAGGCCUGGGAUGACAUGAUGGAGAACACCAAGGUGAAGAGCUGGUACAGACGAAUGGAGAAAGCUACAAAAAGCCACAAGGGCCAAACUGACCCUGCUCUAAAUAUUGACCAGCACUAGGAGAUCUGAUUGAAUAGCACUUCCAGCCCUCACUUAAUCAGGAGAUGUGAAGAGUUAUUGCAUUAAGGAGAGAUGGGUGAAAAAAAUGCUAUACAUUGGUCAUGAUGCAAUUCACAGAAAUUGACUUCUCUAGCUAAUAUGGAUUAGGCAAAAGGCCAACCUCUUGAUUUAUUUCCUGUGAAAAUGCACCCAAAUUAUGUGUUAAUUUGCUUGAAUAAACUUGCAGCAGCAAGCC